CAAGCUGCGGAGAGAAAAGCUCCCGGUUGUCUGUCCCCGGAAGUGAUGCUCGAAGGGCCCUCCCCUGAGGAAGUGACGGCAGGAGUGCCCUUGACUGGCGGGGAGGGCCGGGCUGUGCAUCCCUCCGCUCGCGCUGCAGGGAGAUGGCUCAGCGACUUCUCCUGAGGAGGUUCCUGUCCUCCAUCAUCUCCAGGAAGCCCCCUCAGGGUCGGUGGGCACCCCUCACCCACAGGGCCCCGCAGUGCAGUCCUGGUGACCUGACAGUAACACCCAACCAAGCCCGGUCAAUAUACAUCACCAGAGUGUGCACAACGACCUUUAACAUCCAGGAUGGACCUGACUUUCAAGACCGAGUUGUCAAUAGUGAAACACCAGUGGUUGUGGAUUUCCAUGCACAGUGGUGUGGCCCGUGCAAGAUCCUGGGGCCAAGGUUAGAGAAGGUGGUGGCCAAGCAGCAUGGAAAAGUGGUGAUGGCCAAGGUGGAUAUUGACGACCACACAGACCUCGCCCUAGAAUAUGAGGUGUCAGCUGUGCCCACUGUGCUGGCCAUCAAGAAUGGGGACGUGGUGGACAAGUUUGUGGGCAUCAAGGAUGAGGACCAGCUGGAGGCCUUCCUGAAGAAGCUCAUUGGCUGACAAGCAGGGAAGAGGCCUGGUUGCCCUUGCUCCCCUGGGCCCCCAUGGUUCCAGGAGGGCCCCCGACAGAACUCCGAGCCCUUCUGUGUUGGCCCUUCCUGCCUCCUCCCUUCUGUUCGGCCCCUGUGGGCCCAUGCUUUGGAGACCGGGUCCCCAAACACGGGAGCCUUGCGUGCUUCCAGCCCGGCUGAGUGCCAGAGGAAUGGUGCUGCUGCUGAUCUGGGGACAGCCGCCUCCCCCCGCCCCCACUGUCUUUUGUCUGCUCUCACUAGGGCUUGUCCGUUCUCCCGGGAUGCUGGAGAGAGCCCCAGGCCAGCCAGCAGGGCCCGUUCAGCCCACAUCUCCCUGGUUCUUCUGAUCCGCACCCCGGGGCCUGGCCUGUCUGCCUCCUGCAUUUUUCUUUCCUGCCUCUGUUUUGUAAAAAGGAAGAAGGAGAAAAGAAACCCAAACAAGUGAGAGCAAUCUAUAAUUCUCUCAUUUUUUGUAGGUCUGUAAUAAAGAACUUUAUGUGGUCCCUUCUACCUCCUGCUCUGAAGAACAGACCCUGGGCUCCACACUAAAUUACCCUGUAGCCACCACCCCCCAAAGAGCCAUCUCCCUUCCUUCUUCCCAGGCGCAAGGGCAGAAACACACACAUGGGGCAGGAGGAGGGGGGAGUCUUCAGACCCCUGCCUUGGGAACCCUCACUGUGAACAAACUGGACCAAUAAAGCUAGGGUUUGCACCGUU